UUGCUACAUGGGCAUUCCAGCUGGCAUCGUAUGAUCCCGAUAUGAGACAGGAAUUAAAGGAUUUAUACAGAGCUGAACCUAACUUUUUAAUCAAUAUGCCAUCGAUUGGGCUGCAAUUGGAACAGCUUAUAGUUAGACCACUAUGCAAAUACCGUGGUGAUAAGGCCGUUAUAUUGCUGGACGCACUGGACGAAUGUGCAGUAGAAGAUAUCAAGCUACGAAGUGAGUUUCUAGAAACUCUUGGCAGAACAUUUGCUAGGCUCCCCACGAAUAUCUCGAUAUUUGUGACCAGUCGCCCUUUGCAGCAUCUUCGAAAGCAGCUAUCGAACUAUACACCACGAAUGAUGACACUAGAAGCCACCGAAAACUUGAAUGAUAUAAAGCUCUACGCACGGUACCGAGUGAACCGUCUACGCCCCUUUUUGGGGUCAGACCCAAGCAUCGACACUCUAGCCGAUAAACUAUCUACCAUGGCACACGGCCUAUUCGUAUGGUUGUAUCUGGCCUGCGACACAAUAGAUAAAUCUGACGAUCCAGUCGAAACCGUUGCCGAACUGGAAGAGCGAACUCUCGGAAAUGAUGAAGAUCGUAUGGACGCUAUAUAUACUAGAGCUUUGGUGUCUAGCUACAAAGGAGCUCCAGAGUCAUCAAUCCCAUCGUACACCAAACAAGUAGGAGCACUUGUAGCACUUCGAACAGCAAUGUCGGUCGAGGGACUAUCAGCUUUAUUAGGCCUCUCAUCUACGUCAGUCAAAGUAAACUUGUCUCGUCUAGAAUCGCUUCUUGUAAUGUCAAAGUCAUCAGUACAGCUAAUGCACAAGUCGGUGGCUGAUUUCAUCACUUCGAAAGACCGCUGUGCUAGAGAUGCCUCGCCGUUUUAUAUCGAUAAACAGAAAGCAGAAUCUUACCUUUCCAGAAUGUGUUUGCUUGCCCUACCAUCCAGCCUGAGUCAUGACAGUGUUCAAAAGCAGAUUGAACGACUACGAGGCAUUGCACCAUUAGGUAGUCCCACGCACAUUACCUAUGCUUGCUCUCAUUGGGCAGAUCAUCUAGAUUCCGUUGAAGAGCUAGACGAGGAGCUGAAUCAGACCCUGCUACAGGCGCUCCAAAUCUAUGGUCGGGGAAUGCUGAUAGUAACCGUAUUAAAAAAUCGCCCAUGUGCUUUAACUCAUAUAUUGAAAGUCGGUGGAGGAUCGACUUUAUUGAAAGCUGCCGAGGAUGUAAAGUUCUUCCAAAGCCACAUUUUGGAGGAAGCUGUCACCUCCAACCAUGCAGAUAUCUGUGAAGCUCUGUUGAAAUAUGGUGGUGCUGACGUAGAUUGUCCCAUCUAUGGCGGGACAAUGACAUCCGAGGACAGUAAAGGGUUCACCCCUCUGCGGAUUUGUAUCCUCAGCACCCUCAUUGAGUCGCUGAAAGUCAUUUUACGUCACGGAGCCGACAUGGAUAAUGAACCGUAUCUUGAACUAUUUUCAACAGGAGCAGUGGUGAACGAGAUGAUGAUUGAACGUCUUCGUCGCAGAGUGGAAUUGGAAGAAUCUAAUAUGGAUGAUAUGAUGAAUGCCGCAAGGCUAGGUGAUGUCGGACGGCUGAAACAAUUGCUAGAAAUUAAUCCGUUAAUGGAUAUCAACCGACAGUACAAAGACUGUGGCAACAAGACCCUGUUAGUCGUAGCAUCUCAUCCACUUCACCAUGCUUGCUCGUUCGGUUCCUUGGAUAUCGUCAAGGCCUUAAUGACUGCUGGAUCUUUAUUAGACGGCGAAGGUCUCGACAAUAGGGACAGUAUCUUGAACAAUAAGUUUUACAGACCCAUUGACGUGGCCUGUGAGCAGGCUCACAUAGACAUAGUUAGUUGGUUGCUCGAUAAUGGAGUCAGCCCGUCUGCGCUCGCCGAUGGAAAAGUCCAUCCUCUGUUUUAUGCAGCGGUGGGAGGAUCUGUGGAGAUCAUUCAGUUACUGUUAUCAAAGGGGGUAGACGUCAACUAUCAAAGUAAAUACCUGGGCACCGCAAUAUAUGGCGCUGCUUUGACUGGAGCCGAGAACAGUGCCGCAUAUCUUCUCAGUGUCGGCGCCGACUCUGAACUUGGCUUGGAUGCAGAGCAUGUGGAAAUGGAGAACAUUCGAAUGACAAAAUUCUCCCCGUUGAAUAUAGCCAUGUCUAGAAGUUAUUCAGAUAUAGUUGCCAUGCUGCUUCCCCGAUCUCGUGCCAUCGACAAGAGCGUGGAACUGAAGUUGAAUUAUAUGGGUAUAUGGAUUUCAGUCUUUACGACACCAUUGGUCUUAGGAGCUAUAAACGACAACCCAAAAUUAGUACAGAUUAUGCUAGACUAUGGAGAAGACCUUGAAAGACAAAUGCCAGUUGCAGUGAUCGAGCAGAUGUCUGGGUCGACAGCACUGCUAUAUGCUGCAGCUUAUGGGCGAAUUAACAUAGCCAGGAUGUUACUAGAUGCAGGUGCCGACAUCAAAGCUGUUUCCGCUAUAAGGAGAACUUGCUUGCAUAUUGUAGCGUCCAAACCUCUAGGAGACCGAAAUAAGUCUGAUAUGGUACGCCUCUUACGGUUUUAUCAAGCUGGCCUCGACGAUGUGGAUCUAGAUGGAUGUACCGCACUGUAUCUUGCCGUCACCGCCAAGGGUAUACAGACGGUAGAAACGUUGCUAGAGCUAGGAGCUAAUGUGAAUAUAGCCGAUAAUUUGGGCAAUACUCCUUUGCAUGAAGCAGUUAAACGGAAUGCUGGCAACAUGGUCACUGUAUUGGUUAAUGGAGGUGCAGAUAAAACUAAGGAGAAUCUGGAAGGAAUGACGCCUCUAAAGUUUGCUCAGAAGCAAGGAUACAACAAUCUUGUGCAGCUGUUGAAGUGA